GAGGAAGAGGAGAGGAAGAGGAGAGAGACAGUCACUGAAGUGAAGAGACGUGACAGAGAGGAGAGACGCAUACUGCCUCUCAGGAAAAGCAAGGCAUUGUACAAGGGAGCAGUGUACUGAGAUGGAUCCCAUCCUGGAAGAGGUCCUGAGUGGGGCCAACACUACUGGAGGCCCCUCCUUGAACCACAGCAACAACCCCCUGGACAUGUUCUCUGGCAUUCAGCUGCUGCUGCGCUUCAAGCCCCUCUUCCUGCCCCUCUACUGCCUCCUGGUGGCUGUGGCCGGCAUAGGCAACUCCAUCCUGCUGGCCUGUAUCCUGGCUGAUAAGAAGCUCCACAACGCCACCAACUUCUUCAUCGGUAACCUGGCGGCCGGCGACCUGCUGAUGUGUCUGACCUGCGUCCCUCUGACCGCCUCGUAUGCCUUCGACAGCCACGGCUGGGCCUUCGGACGCCCUCUUUGCCACCUGGUGCCGCUGCUGCAGGCCGCCACUGUCUUCGCCUCGGUGCUGUCCCUCACGGCCAUCGCUGUGGACCGCUACGUGGUGGUGGCCCACCCAGUGAGGAGGAGGAUCUCUGUGGGGGGCUGUGGCGCGGUGGUGCUGGGGGUGUGGGGGAUGUCUCUGGCCCUGGCUGCCCCUCCCUCCUUCCACACUCGCUACCUGGACCUGAGGCCCCGUGGGGUGGAGCUGGUGGUGUGUGAGGAGUUCUGGCCGAGCUCUGGCCAGCUCAGGCUGCUCUACUCCUGCUGUAUCCUGGUAGCGUCCUAUAUGAUCCCUCUGCUGUCAGUCAGCGUGUCCUACUGUGCUAUUACAGUGCACCUGAGACGCCACACGCUGCCCGGAGAGCCCUCACACUGCCAGCAGCGCUGGAGCCAGAGGAGGAGGAAAACCUUUUCUCUCCUGGUGGCCUCUGUGCUUGCCUUUGCCCUCUGCUGGCUGCCCCUGCAGGUGCUGAACCUGCUGCUUGACCUGGACCCAGACUACCACAUCGUGGGCAAGCGCUACGUCAACGUGCUGCAGGUGUGCUGCCACCUGGUGGCCAUGAGCUCCGCCUGCUACAACCCCUUCAUCUACGCCUCCCUGCACAGCAAGGUCUGGCUGCACCUCAAGGGCUACCUGUGUCCUUGCCGCAGCCAGGGGCCCCCAGGGGGCCAGCUCCUCUCCCGCUGCACCUCCCGGAACCCAGCCACCUGCCUCAGCCUGCUCUCUGAGGUCCCCGCCCCCGCCAAGGAGACCCCGGGGGCCGCCAGUCCCGAGUCCGACCCCACCAACGACAGCACCCUAUGAGAGCAUCAGGAACCACAGCAUGGUUUAUAGGUAGGGGUCAAAGGUCAUAUACCAUAGCAGCAGCCAUUACAUAUAUCUCAUAUACGCAGUUAGAGACGACAACGGGUCUCCAGCCAGACACCCACUGUAGGAACAGGGAGGAGGAGAGAAUGAGGAGAGGCGGAGAGAUCGUUCAUUCUAUUUACCUUGGGUGUCACUACAGCAGCCCUGCUGCCAAAGACGAUGAGCAGGUCCCACAGCUAUUGCGAGGCAGAGCGUGUAAACACUGUCGCGACCUUGAGCUGGGAUGCAGGUCUGGCAGUGGCAGAGGGGGGAGAUGACCCUGCUCUGAACCCCUCACUCUCCAAAUGGAUUACACACUAAACAGAGGAGGACAGAGGACAGCAGUCUGCAAAGACAGCUCACUCUUUUCUGUUGUUCUCUCAUUCUACUACGCUUUCGCCUGAUUUUGACAUCUUUCUUACUUUCUCUCCUUCUUCUUACUCUCUCUUAAUCCCUUUUUCCGAAUGUAUUUCAAUGUAUGUAGCUUUACUUUUAUUUUGAUUCCUCUUUCUCUCUC